UUAUGUCCAUCACAUCAACUUCAUUUAAUAACUAUAUGCCUAUUAAGUAGAAGAUUUUAACUGUUAAGAGCAUUAUAUUGUGGGUUUUAAUAUUGGCCAAUCACAUAUAAAUACAAAACGUAUAAAUUUUGUGUUGGAAAUUGUAAAAAUAUGUGAGCGAUCCGUCGUCUGUACCAAGUGGCCGUCGUGACACAUGAGGUGACACUGACGGUGCCAUGACAUUGGUGGUGCCGUGACACUGAGGGUGCCGCGAGAGCCUGCACCAUGUAUGGGUCAGUACGGACCGUAGGUGUAGUGUGUUGGAGAAUGGCAGCGUCGGGAGGAGUGUGGUGGGGCGUGGUGGCAGGCCCCGCCAGGGCCGCCUCUCUCCUCACACGCUCCUACACCUCCACCACAAGGCUAAGUGCCAAUGCUCUGAGCCGUGUGGUAAAGACUAGUAAUGUGUACGGAUGUGAAGGUGUGCGACAGUUAGGCCUAUGGGCUGUGCUAGGCCAGCAGGCCCAGGGAGGCCCUAGAGCCAAGACGCCAAGCUACAGCAGGAGGUCGACCCUAUACUACGUGGCCGCCGUCUGGGUGCUCGCCUUCGGCCUCAGUUAUGCUGCCGUGCCGCUCUACAGAAUAUUUUGUCAAGCUUACAGCUAUGGAGGAACCACCAAAGAAGGAAGUGAUGCAGAGAAGAUUGAAUCAAUGCAACAAAUUAGUGAUCGUGUCAUCAGAGUUCGUUUUAAUGCUGAUACAGCUGCUUCCAUGACCUGGAACUUCAAGCCACAGCAAACGGAAAUUAAGGUGCAUCCAGGUGAAACAGCUUUAGCAUUCUACACUGCACGGAAUCCAACAAAUCGUCCUGUUAUUGGCGUAUCGACUUAUAAUGUAAUUCCUUUUGAUGCUGGACAGUACUUUAACAAAAUCCAGUGUUUUUGCUUUGAAGAGCAACUCUUAAACCCUCAUGAGGAAGUUCAUAUGCCUGUCUUCUUCUAUAUAGACCCUGAGUUUGCCGAAGACCCAAAGAUGGAGAAUGUGGACAGCUUGACAUUGUCUUAUACGUUCUUUGAGGCUCGUGAGGGGCUGCAGCUUCCAAUGCCUAGAUUUGCAAGUAAAGCGGUAUAAAUACUGUAGUGACAACAUACCACUUCAAAUUUCUGUUGAUAAUUCAUAAUAUUGUUAAGGUUUGGACAUUGCAAUUUCAUAAUCAAAUAAAUUAUUGUAUGCUGUAAAGCUGUAAAUAUUGUUUGUAGUUUAUUAAAUAAAUUGACAAUAAAAUAA